ACACACACACACACACACACACACACACACACACACACACACACACCGCAGAAUAGUUGGCAGGGUGGCACAGCUUGAGUUACAGGUGCUGUGGAAGAGAGGACACCACAUCCUGACAUAGGACUUGUCCUGGUCCACAGAGGCAAGCUGUUGAUCCUGGACUUGUCCUGAUCUGAUCCCCUAAGCAGAGAGGAGGAAGCUUGUGAACAUGUACUGGAUGGCCAUGUACAGCCACUGAGUAGAAUGUCCUGACAUCCUUGGCCUGCACCAGGGUGGGGCUCUAGGCCCCCUUAGAGAAUCUGAGAGCCUUGCAAUUGGGGUCCCAAGCCUUCCACAUUCCAAUAGAAACUUCCAGUGGGGUGGGCAGGGCAGGGCAGGGCUGGAUGGAUGCACAGGAUGGCCAAGACCUGACCUUUGGUCAGAAAGAGCCAAGCAGGGGCCCCCUUCCAGAGAUACUUUUACAGCUGGAUGCUUGGCCUGUCAUCAUUGCGUGGGACCCAGCCAAGGGGCUGCAGGUAUAAAGGAGCUGAGCCCUUUCCAGUGAGAGCUAAGUCAGCCGGUGAGGCCACUGUGGACUGAUAACUGCGUAGUCUCCUCUAGGCUACACAGCCUUCCUAGCCCUGGGACAUCCCAAUCUGGCCAUGUACCUGCAUAGCCACCUCCUUUCAACCUUGGUCCUGUUUAUAGCUGCACAAUCCCUAGGCAAGACCUGGGUGCCCAGCCACUGCAGAAGUCCCAUCGGAGCUGUGUGCAACUUUGUGUGUGACUGUGGAGACUGUUCAGAUGAAGCCCAGUGUGGUUUCCACGGUGCUUCAACUAUCCCGAGCAUGAGCAUCCCUUUCAGCUGCAGCUUUGAGCAGGACCCCUGUGGCUGGCAGGACAUCAGCACCUCAGGCUAUAGCUGGCUUCGAGACCGGGCAGGGGCAGUGCUGGACGGUCCUGGGCCUCGUUCUGACCAUACACAUGGCACCGACUUGGGCUGGUACAUGGCCGUGGGAACCCACAAUGGGAAGGAGGCAUCCACUGCGACUCUGCGUUCCCCUGUCAUGCGUGAGGCAGCUCCUACCUGUGAACUGAGGCUCUGGUACCACACAGCCUCUAGAGAUGUUGCUGAGCUGCGGCUGGAGCUGACCCAUGGUGUAGAGACACUGACCCUGUGGCAGAGCUCAGGACCCUGGGGUCCUGGCUGGCAGGAGCUGGCAGUGAACACUGGCCGUGUCCAGGGUGACUUCAAAGUGAGCCGUGUGGUCUUCCAGGCUGGGCACAAUGGGGAGGGUCUGGGCACCGACCUAGAUCCUAAGGAUCCGUCCUCUCUCCAGGUGACAUUUUCUGCCACCCGAAAUGCCACACACAGGGGUGCUGUGGCCUUGGAUGAUGUGGAGUUCCGGGACUGUGGGCUACCCAGACCUCAGGCCAGCUGCCCCCUGGGGCAGCACCACUGCCAGAACAAGGCUUGUGUGGAGCCCCACCAGCUGUGUGACGGGGAGGACAACUGUGGAGACAGAUCUGAUGAAGACCCGCUCAUCUGCAGCCACCACAUGGCCACUGACUUUGAGACAGGCCUGGGACCGUGGAACCAGUUGGAGGGCUGGACCCGGAACCACAGUGCUGGCAGCAUGGUGAGCCCUGCCUGGCCCCACCGAGAUCACAGCCGGAAUAGUGCAUAUGGCUUUUUCCUGGUCUCUGUGGCCAAGCCUGGCACCACUGCUGUUCUCUUCAGCCCUGAGUUCCAAGCCUCAGUCCCCUACAACUGUUCGCUCACCUUCUAUUACUACCUGCAUGGGUCUGAGGCCAGCCGCUUCCAGCUGUUCCUGCAGGCACAGGGGCUCAACACUCCCCCGGAUCCUGUCCUGCUGCGGAGCCACCAUGGAGAGCUGGGGACAGCCUGGGUCAGAGACCGUGUUGACAUUCAAAGUGCCCAGCCAUUCAGGAUCCUUCUCGCUGGGGAGACUGGUCCAGGAGGCAUCGUGGGCCUGGACGACCUCAUCAUGUCCAAUUACUGCAAACUUGUUCCAGAUGUGUCCACAGUGCAAUCAUGUUCUGGAUCUGAGGCAUUAGCCCUCUGUCCCCAGACGUCCAUGAAGCUGCCUCUGGAAGCCUGUGAGCCCGGACAUCUCUCCUGUGGAGAACUGUGUGUACCCCCAGAGCAGCUCUGCGACUUCCAGCAGCAAUGUGCAGAGGGCGAGGAUGAACACAAGUGUGGCACCACAGACUUUGAGUCCGCCUCUGCUGGGGGCUGGGAGGACAUGAGUAUAGGCAGGCUGCAGUGGCAACGGAUUGCAGCCCAGAACAGGAAGCUUGCCAGGGACGCUGACCGGGAUGUUCCUGGGCACUUCCUGUCUCUACAGAAGGCCUGGGGGCAGCUAAGAUCUGAGGCCCGGGCUCGCACACCUGCCCUGGGCCCCUCAGGCCCUCGCUGUGAACUCCACAUGGCUUACCGUUUUCACAGUCAUCCCCAAGGCUUCUUGGCACUGGUUGUGGUGGAGAAUGGCUUCCGGGAGCUGGUGUGGCAGGCCCCAAGCAGCAGCAGCAGCAGCAGCAAGGGCUGGACCGUGGAGAAGGUUCUUCUUGGGGCACGGCACCGGCCAUUCCAGCUGGAGUUUGUGGGUCUGGUGGACUUGGAGGGCCCUGGCCAGCAGUGGGCUGAGGUGGACAAUGUGACCAUGAGAGACUGCAACCCCACAGUGACCACCGAGAGCGACCGAGAGGUCUCCUGUAACUUUGAACGGGACUCGUGCAGCUGGCACACAGGCCACCUCACAGAUGCCCACUGGCACCGUGUAAAAAGCCGUGGUUCCGAGUAUGACCACACCACUGGCCAAGGCUUUCUCAUGUUCCUGGAUCCCAUGGACCCGCCUGCUCGUGGACAGGGUGCCCUCUUACUCACAAGACCCCAGGUGCCGCUUGUCCCCAAGGAAUGUCUCAGCUUCUGGUACCACCUGUAUGGGCCCCAGAUUGGGACACUGCGCCUGGCCAUGAAGAAGGAUGGGGAGGAAGACACACUACUGUGGUCCAGGUCAGGCACCCAUGGCAACCGCUGGCACCAGGCUUGGGUCACUCUUCACCACCAGCUAGAGGCCAGCACCAAGUACCAGCUGCUGUUUGAAGGCCUCCGGGAUGGGUACCGCGGCACAAUGGCCCUGGAUGACAUGGCUGUACGGCCAGGCCCCUGCUGGGCCCCCAAGAGCUGUUCCUUUGAAGACUCUGACUGCGGCUUCUCUCCAGGGGGCUUGGGGCUGUGGAAGCGCCAGAGUAAUGCCUCAGGCCAAGCUCCUUGGGGUCCUUGGACAGACCACACCACAGAAACAGCCCAAGGGCACUACAUGGUGGUGGACACCAGCCCAAAUUUACUGCCCAAGGGUCAUGUGGCCUCUCUGACUUCAGAGGAGCACCAGCCCCUGACCCAGCCUGCCUGCCUGACCUUCUGGUACCAUCUGAGCCUCCAUAACCCAGGCACCCUGAGGGUACACCUGGAAGAGAGCACAAGGCGCCAGGAGCUCAGCAUCAGUGCCCACGGUGGAUUUGCCUGGCGUCUGGGCAGUGUGAAUGUGCAGGCUGGGCAGACCUGGAGGGUAGUGUUUGAGGCUGUGGCUGCAGGUGUGGAGCAUUCCUACAUGGCUCUGGACGACCUUCUCCUCCAAGACGGGCCCUGUGCUCAGCCAGGGUCCUGUGACUUUGAAUCCGGGCUGUGUGGGUGGAGCCACCUUGCUUGGCCCAGCCUAGGUGCGUACAGCUGGGACUGGAGCCGCGGAGCCACCCCAUCCCGCUACCCCAAACCCACAGUGGACCACACCCUGGGCACAGAGGCAGGCCACUUUGCUUUCUUUGACACCAGCGUGCUAGGUCCUGGGGGCCAAAAAGCCUGGCUUCGCAGUGAGCCACUGCCAGCAACUACAGCCUCAUGCCUCCACUUCUGGUACUUCAUGGGCUUUCCUGAGCAUUUCUAUAAGGGUGAGUUGAGAGUGCUCCUGAGCAGUGCCCAAGGCCAACUAGCUGUGUGGGCCCAGGGCGGGCACUUGCGGCACCAGUGGGUACAAGUCCAGAUCGAAGUGUCCAACCCUGAGGAGUUCCAGAUUGUUUUUGAAGCCACUCUGGGUGGCCAGCCAGCUCUGGGGCCCAUUGCCCUCGAUGACGUGGAGUAUUUGGCAGGACGGCACUGCCAGCAGCCUCUACCUAGCCAGGGUGAAAGGGCACCCGUGUCUGUGCCUAUAGCUGUUGGGGGGGCCCUCCUCUUCUUCAUGUUCCUGGUGCUCCUGGGCCUUGGGGGUCGGCAUUGGCUACAGAAACAGCGCUGCCCCUUCCAGAGGAGUACAGAUGCAGCAACCUCUGGCUUUGACAAUAUCCUCUUCAAUGCGGUAGGAACCCCCAGAUGUGGGCAAGUGGGAGAUUCUGCCUCCAUGCUUAAUGAUGGGAAAGCAAGAAGUGGUGGGCCAGGACUCAGGAAGAGACGCCUUGCCCCAUCCCUCCACGUCCAGACUGCCUUUCAACAGCCAUUGUCCAAUAUUCCUCCCUCCUUCCUAGGAUCAAGUUACCCUCCCAGAAUCCAUCACCAGCAGCUCAUAGACCAGACAAGGCCUGGCCCCUCAGGCCAACUCACACAGCAUUUAGCCCUCCCACGCUUCUUCAGCUCUUCCUCCAUCUGGUGGCUGUGCCCUCUGGUGUGAUCAAGGAUGGGUCCUUGCACUGUGAAUAAACGUUCUACACCAGUGAGGGCAA